CCAUGGCCGACGCGUAUUCCUAUACUCUGCUCGUUGAGUUUGAAGAAAACAAUAUACCGAGAUUGAAAAAUAAGUUAGUCAAAUACUUUCAAAGUAAGAAAUCUAACGGUGGCGACUGUGAAGUUGACUAUGAAAAUGGCAGCGGGACGGCGAUGCUGCGCUUCCGCAAAGAGAAGGACCAGAAAAAUGUUUUGGGUAAAGAGGCGCAUCAGAUCAAUUUGGAUAAAGGUGUUUUGAAGAUGACAGUCUGCUUACCUCCAAAUGAGAAAACAGCACAGGAAGCUCCAUCUGACAAACUCAACGAGAAGUCGGAGGUUGCUGCACCAAACGAACAGUCAAGUGCCGAUGAACUCAGACCUGCAGCAGAAGUUCAGACAGAGGAAGAAGAAGAGCUGUGCUCCACCUCGGCUGUCUUAGGAAAUAUUCGAGAGACAUUUAGCCAGGAGUUUUUGGAGAUGUUGGUGGAGAAUGUUUUAAAGGAUCUUGACUCUCCAUCUGCCUCCCAAGGGUUCAUACUAGAAGUCAUUCCUGCCAUCUCCUCUGCUGUGGUUUCUUUCCAGACUGGAAAAGAAAACACAUACUUCGUGACAAGAUGUCCUCAAAACAGGAUGUUCACAAGUAAAGGGUUAUCAGUCCGGCCCCUUGAAGUCACAGAGAAGGUUGCGGUUGAAGAUGUACAAAAUUUUAAUGAAGAUCUCCUCCAAAUGUACUUUGACAAGGAAGGUGGGGAUGUGGAAAAUGUGCUGUUUAAUGAAGCGGAACAGUCUGCCAUCAUCACCUUUCAAAACCAUAAAGCUGUUCAGAAAAUCAUGAAUAAGAAGCAUCACAUCAAACAGAAAGAGAUCAGAGUUUAUCCUUUCUAUGAAUCUUUGGGAACAGCCCUCUAUGGCAAAGACAAGCCAUCACUAAAACUCCCUGCUGCUAUCUCUGAACCUAUUGACAAUGCUGUCUGGAGAUACCUCAAAGUCAAUCAAUCAGCAGCAGAGACCAUUCACAGUGACUUAGCUAAACACUUCUGUAAAGUAAACCUUGGCCAGUCUACUGUGUGCUUGAGCCCGACGUCUUCACUACUUAAGCAAAAGAAUGCCAAAGCCAACAUCAAACAAUGGAGGGAUACUGUAGAGUCAGCGUUUGCACAAGCUGUGUCAAAAUUCAAAUCCCUAAAAUUUAAGCCGGACCCAGAGGUAUGGGAAGAAUCUGAGGAGAACAUCAGACAGACGCUACAGAACAAGGAUGUGGUUUUAGUGCCUGAUAAAGCCAGUGGUGUCUUAUCAGUGGUUGGCCUUGUGGAUGAUGUCAACAUCCUUGAGCAAACUCUUCGUGAAGUCGUUAACAGGAUUGUCAAAAGGGUGCAGAGGGAGAAAUUGAGCAUAACCCAAGUGAUCAAAGUCUCACCGUCAAUUUUCAACAUCCUGUGUCAAGAUGGUCUUCAGGACAAGUUGCUACGUGUGUACCCAGAACUCAAAAUAUCAUUCAGAAAAGACAGUCUGGAUUUGACAGUAACUGGCUUAAGUGAGGAGGUUUUUGCAGCAAACAGAGCUAUAUGUGAAGCAAUACUUCAAUUAAAACGACAGACAUUAGAAAUGGAUAACUUUGUGAUUGACUUGUUGAAGAAAGAAGAACAAGAAGAGCUAACAAAUGCCCUCCUCACAUCUAAUGGAAUAAAUGCAGCAUUUGAGAUCACUGCACAGAGGGUGCAGCUCCUUGCUGCUUCUGAUAGAGAUCUGGUUGAUGCUGAAGACCAUCUGGGAAAGCUGUUAAUGUCUCAAUACAUUGAUGUUGAAGAUAGUCAUGUCCUGGAGAAGCCAGAGUGGCAGCAUCUGGUCAAUCAGUUAGAGGACGCCAACAGUAGGUCCUGCAGGAGACUUCAAAUCAAAACCACUGGUCAACAAGUCGUGGUGUCUGGCUACAAGGAAAGUGUUAUAAAAGUUAACAAUGAUCUUGAAGACUUCCUAAAGCAAAAUGCUCAAGUUGAAGAGAUUGUUGUGGUCAAGCCCAAUGCCAUAGUUGAAUAUGUUAAAAAAUUCAACACAACCUUUGUGGAGCAAGUGGUGGUGUCUUACAGAAAUGAGGCCAUCUGUCUAAGUGGUUCUAGAGUUGAUGUCGUAAAUUGCAAGACCUUGGUUGAAAACUUGGUCUCCUCUGUGUUCUUUGAAAGUUUAAAAGUCUCCAAGCCUGGAGUGAAGAAGUUCUUCCAGGAUAAAGAAACCAUGUAUGUUUCAUCACUGUUGAACGACACCGGCUGCUUGGUCCAAUUAGUUGAUGAGACUAGUGGUGGACAGGAUGACUUUGCCCAAGUUCCAAAACCUGUGUAUCAGCUUCUGACAUCCGAUGGAGUAGAAAUAGCCGUCUGCAAGGCAGAUAUGUGCAGUUACCCUGUGGAUGCAGUUGUCAAUGCUUCUAAUCGUAACUUGGAGCACAGUGGGGGUCUUGCAGCAGCACUUUUGAAAGCUGCUGGCUCUCAGUUGCAGGAUGAUUGUGACAAAAUAAUAAGUUCGCAGGGACAGCUGAAGCCUGGAGAUUGUGUCAUAACUGAUGCGGCGGGGAAGCUUUGUUGCAAAAAAGUUAUCCAUGCAGUGGGACCCACAUUUGAUCAAGCUAAAUCCCAGAAGGCUCAGGCACAGUUGAAAAGAGCUGUUAAAGAAAGUUUAGAACUUGCUGAAAAGCAUGGCUGCACCUCUGUGGCCCUGCCCGCCAUCAGCAGAAGCCAAGGCUUUCCUCUCGAUUUGUGUGCAAUAACUAUCAUCAAAGGCGUAAAUGAAUACUGUGAUGAGAAGUAUGAUGACACCCUGAAGAAGAUCCAUUUGGUGAACAUUGACGAUGCUGCUGUUCAGGCUAUGGAGAGAGCUGUCAGACGCGAGUUUGGAAAUCAUGGUGUCAGUCAUUCUCAGCAGAUUCUUCCAACCAAAGCCUCCAAGUCUCUUGUGAAACAUGCUGGAUCUGCUGGAUCUGACAAAAACUGCUUGGGUCAAGUGAAGACCAAAGAGGGCUUUGAUAUCACUCUUACCAAAGGACAAAUCGAGGAUGCCACGACGGAGGUGACCGUGAAUACUGUGUUUGAAGAUCUUGCACUGAACAAAGGGGCAGUUUCAAAUGCCAUCUUGAGUGCGGCUGGACCCAAACUUCAGCAGUUGGUAAACGCAAAGAAUGCCAGUGGAAACAUUGGUGAGAUCAUUGUUACUGAAGGCUGCAACCUGAAGAGCAAACACGUCUUUCAUGCAGUUGCACCUCAUUGGGACAAAGGACAGGGCACAGCUGAAAAGAUCUUGAGUGCCAUUUUCAAGGACUGUUUGGAGAAGGCAGAGGAUACCAGUCUGACUUCCAUAUCCUUCCCUGCCAUCGGCACUGGAAACCUGGGUUUCCCAAGAGACCUUGUUGCCUCUUUGAUCUUCAAUGAAAUCUCAGCGUUUAGCAGUAAGAAACAACCUAAGCACCUGAAGAAGGUUGUUAUCGUCCUUUACUCAGGAGAUGUACAGACCAUCCAGGUUUUUAGUGAUGAAUUUAAGAAGAAGUUCCCCAAUGCAUCAGGUGCUCCAGUGUCCACAAGUUCCCCACAAAGUCUGGGUCCCUUCUCUAAAGUUGUCUCGAGCUCAGGAAUGUAUGAGACCAACAUGGGGAGAGUGGCUAUACAGGUAGUCACAGGUGACAUCACCAAGGAGACGACUGAUGUCAUUGUCAACUCUUCCAAUGAAGGAUUCUCUCUUAAAUCAGGAGUAUCCAAGGCUAUUCUGGAUGCAGCUGGUCAGGCUGUUGAAGCAGAAUGCCAAAACCUUGGUGCCCAGCCCAACUCAGGCAUGAUAAUGACCCAGCCAGGUAACCUAAAGUGUAAGAAGAUCCUCCACCUGGUCGGACAGACGGACCCAAUAAAAAUCAAUAAGGUUGUGACAGAGGCUCUCCAAAUGUGUUUGAAAAACUCAUACACUUCUGUCUCAUUCCCUGCCAUUGGCACAGGUCAAGGCAAUGUACAGGCAAAGCAGGUGGCAGAUGCUAUGUUGGAUGCAGUGAUUGGUGUACUGAGCCAGUACCCUACUGCCCCUCUGAAGACAGUUCGGGUAGUUAUUUUCCAACCACCAAUGCUGAAGGAGUUCUACAACAGUAUGCAUCAAAGAGAAGCUACUGAAUCUAAGGCUGACACUAAGGAUAAAGGCGGGUUCUUGGGAAACAUUGGCACCAAAAUCAAAUCAUUCUUUAUUAGUGACACUGCCAGCAAAUCACAGAAAGAAGGAGAUUUUGUCAUUGAGCCUCUGAAAAUAGACCCAGCUUGCUUCCACAUCUGCGGUGACUCGCAGACUCAAGUAGACUCAGCCAAGCAGUGGAUCAACAACCUGAUAACCAAAGAGCAAGAUACGAACUUGAUUUCAGAAUACGCCAUCCUUAACCUCUCUGAUGCAGACCACCAGCGCAUUGAUGUCAUGCAGAAGACUAUGGGCGUGCGCAUAAGGACGGAAAGCAAGAAGGCGAAAGCGUCAAUCACCAUUGAGGGAAUGAGCAAGGAUGUACUGAAAGCCACCAAGGAGAUCCAAGACAUGCUGGUAAAGGCGAGGGAUGAGGAGGAGCUGAAGAAGAAAGUGGAGCUGGCGGGCACAGUGGCAGACUGGCAGUACCAACAGCAAGGGUUACAGUUUCAGAGUUUUGAUUCAAUGACCAACUUCAACCUUGAGCAAGCAUUGGAAAAUAAAAAAACACAUAUAAAAGUCACAGUCCAAGGACAAGACUACACCAUCACCAUUCCAAGUGGACCAGCCAUUGAUAGCCAGGGACGUACCCUGCAGAUAAAGAGAAUUGACAAGCUGAAAGAUGAAGAUGUACCUGAGCACUGGGAUGCUAUGCCAGCCAACACUUUGUGUCAUGCAGUUACCAUCAAGGCUGGAACAGAAGAGUACAAUGAAGUCCUAAAACUUUUCCAGGCUUCAUGCAAUCUAACCGUUAUUAAGAUUGAGAGGAUCCAGAACCCUGUAUUGUGGAAGAGCCUACAGAUCAAGAAGCGUGAGAUGGAUCAGAGAAACGGUCAUCAAAACAACGAGAAACGUCUCUUCCAUGGCACUUGCCACACCACCGUGAACCACAUCAACCAUUACGGCUUCAACAGGAGCUACGCAGGAAAGAAUGCUGCUUGUUAUGGAAAUGGCACAUACUUUGCUGUCAAUGCUAGUUACUCUGCUAGCAACACCUACUCCAAGCCGAAUCAAAAUGGUGAGAAGAGCAUGUAUCUCUGCCGGGUGUUAACGGGAGAUUUCACUCUUGGAAAACAAAACAUGAUCGUACCGCCAGCCAAGGGCGCCGUUUCCGUUCAUAAGUACGACAGUGUCGUGGACAAUCAGGCCAGGCCCAGCAUGUACGUUAUCUUCCAUGACACCCAGGCUUGUCCUGAAUAUUUGAUUACAUUCAAGUAACACAACUAUGCACUGAGAUCAAAGCAAAUGCCUUACACUUUACACUGCCUUCUAAACAAAAUAAUUAUUUUCUUAUUUGCAGUUAAUUAAUACAUUUGUUUUCCUAUGUACUUAAACAAUUUGGUUUAAAUAUACAAUGAAUGUAACAGUAUAGAGGUCAUUUGAUUUACAAGUAGUCAGUAAUGCUCAGAAGGGUUAGGUAUAAGUAAUCAGAUCCAUAUAGUGCCUUGAAAAUGUCUCUCUGAACAUACCAUGGUGUGGUCAUGCAAGAAGAAAUUCAACAGUGAAAAGAAGAGGGGAGGGUUUCUUUGCUAACACAGAUCUUUUUGCCUGUAUGUUUAUUGCACUGGACGUUGUGCACAGAGUUUUAAGGCUGAUGGAAAUUACCAGCUCUCCUCCAGGAUCAUGUGAUAGUGAAAGCUUGUCUGUGUAUGCAUGUGUAAAUCAAUUUAGCAAUCACUUUUGUUUUUGGAAGGAAAAUUGAAAGUUUACUGUUGUUCCAAUAAAUGAGCAUUAACAUGA